CAUUGUUCUGAAAGGAGCAAAACAGUCGCUGACAAGCACCAGGUUGUGCUGCUGGUUGCUGAACUUUUAUCGUAGGGUGCUGUUCAAUAGUUGUGUGGGUUCGUCCAGCUCGGACAGGGUUGUGGUAGUGAAGGCUGAGGUUGAUGGCGUCGCCGCUGCAGAUGACCGAGAUGUACGACAACGCGCUGCUGGGGAUCCUGCAGCAUGUCGGCAACAUCCAGGACUUCCUAAGGGUCUACUUCGGGUUUUUGUACCGAAAGACUGACUUUUAUCGCCUGCUGUCAGGUCCUGACGACAAGAUGGGUUUCCAACCAGGUGUUGCGGAGAAGAUGGUGCUGAAGACGUUCAAGUUGUUUGAGAAAGUGGCGGAGCAAGACAGAGAGCGAGCGCAGAUAGAGCUGCAGAGAAGAAACGAGAUUAAACGACUUCCCCCGGCAGUCCAGGAGGUGGUGGUCACCGCCGAGAAGAUGGAGGAGGACAGCGUAGAGGCGGUGCAGGUGGAGAGCUCUCUUCCAGAUGCAGGUGACACGACAGCAGCAGCCUCAAAAGCAACCGCCGAAGGUCAGUGUGCCGGAGCUCAGGGUGCCGGAGCUCAGGGUGCCGGAGCUCAGGGUGCCGGAGCUCAGGGUGCCGGAGCUCAGGGUGCCGGAGCUCAGGGUGCUGGAGCUCAGGGUGCUGGAGCUGGUGGUCCGGUGGCUCAGAGGGAUCAGGUCGCUGGCGCUGGUACCCCAUCAGCAGAAACUCAAGACCAGUUUCAGUCGAAUGCUGACAGUUACAACGGGGCGGUGAGGGAAAACUACAGCUGGUCUCAAGACUACACAGAUGUGGAGGUCCGAGUGCUGGUUCCUGAGACAGUGGUGAAGGGCAGACAGGUCAGCGUCAGACUGCAGACCGGCAGCAUACGAGUGUCCAUGAGGGACGGAGCCGAGGAGAAGACCUUGAUGGAGGGAGAACUCUCCCACAAGAUCAACACCGAGGACUCUCUGUGGAGUUUGGAACCAGGGAAAUGUGUAGUGCUGUCGCUUAACAAGACCUCUGAGGUUUGGUGGAAUGCGGUUCUGAAGGGGGAGAAGGAGAUCGAUAUAAACCAGAUAAACCGCGAGCGCUCCAUGGGGACGGUUGACGAGGAAGAGCACGCCGUCCUGGACAGACUCACGUUCGACUACCACCAGAAGCUGCAGGGAAAACCACAAAGUCACGAAAUGAAAGUUCACGAAAUGCUGAAGAAGGGCUGGGACGCAGAGGGCUCGCCUUUCAAGGGGCAGAGUUUCGACCCGACCAUUUUCGAUGUCCCGCCCAGCGCUGUGCAGUUCUGAGUGGGCCGAGCUCCAGACGGGAGCCAACUCCGGUCCGACUGCGGGAGAUUCCACGUUUACCCACCAAACCAUAGAAGACGAGGGAACUCGGACUCAGACGGGCCGAUACACCGAUUUUAAAGUUCAAAGACGUUUGUUAACUCCUGAGUGUUUGCCGGCGUCUCUGCACCAGCCCCACUCACUCAGAGCUGCCGUCACCCAAGAUUACUUUUAUUUGAACAUAUUUUUAGGGAGCUGGAUGCAGGGACAUGCUAAUUGUCCCACCUCUGGUGGUUCUUUUAGUGGUUGCGGGCCGGGGGUCUUAGUUGUUUUAUUUGUUUACUGAAAAUGUAACUUGCCACAUGAACUGAAAACCUUUUAUUUAUCAUUUCAAGUUGUUUUUCAUGCCAAAAUAAACAAAAGUUG